AUGCCCACAGCCAAGCUCGCCAUGCUCAGUCUGAAAACCUACUCGGGAGAGGCCGCAUUCAUGUACUUGUGGUCCUCUGUAGGUGGACCCAGGCAGAAACAUGGGAAAAAGGUGAUCACAAGACCUCCCGAACUUAGUAAACUCACUCUAGGUAGAGUCCAAGCUGUAAGACUGCACCCAGCGUCGAUCACAUCGGUCACCAUGAAAGUCGCUGUUGGUCUCGUUUUGAUGCUGCUAAAUGUGCAUUUGAGCCAGUCUUGUUCUGAGGAGGGUAACAUUUUAAUCUGCUUUGCGAUACCACCAGGUUUCAGCCCUGGUUAUUCAACUCUGGUGAUGUUUCUGAAGGAUGUUGGGGAGAUAAACUCCGCUGUGUUUCGCAGCAACAACCUUGCCUCCAUAACCAGGCUCAGGAUCGACAACGCUGGUGUCACAGGAAUCGCUGAAGGGGCCUUCAGUUCUUUCCAGAACCUCAAGAGUCUCAGUUUAAACCACAACUUGCUGACAGAGAUUAACCCAAACUGGUUCGGUCGGCCUGAUAUCCUCAGCGAUCUCAGCCUUACAGACAACCAAAUCAAAGUUCUGAAUCCGUCCAUGCUUAACGGGCUCCUUAACCUUACAAGGCUCAGUCUGAAUAAGAAUACGAUCAGAACAAUUGAUCUAAAUAGUUUUAGCUCCAACACUAUCUUGACCGAGUUGGACUUGUCUGAAAACAGGAUGACUCGGGUCUCGCCUCAGGUCUUCAGGUCUCUCAGAUCCACCGAGAUCCGAUUGGAUGGGAACCCCUGGGACUGUUCCUGUGGAGGUGAAGACUUUGUCGACUUCCUCAAAGGUUUGUGA